AUGAAUUAACAAUUAGAUGACUCAAAGGAGAGUGUUUAAUCGUAAUCUAUGGAGAGAUAUCUACAAGCAGAAUCAGUGGGCAAUUCUCUCUCUCCUUAAAGAUUAGUAUAGACAUCAAGGAAUCCUCAAGUUGGAGCCUCAAUAUUAAAAUUAUAGAAUGGGAAGUAUAGCAACCAAUCAAAUGUAUUCAAAGAUGCACUCAAUAAAAAGAAGACUGAAUUGCAUAAGAAAUCGCAAAAGCCUAUUGCUGAGGCUCCUAAGUAUGAAAUUGCAAUCAAGUAAAAAUAACCCAAAAAAAUGGACAAGGUGCAUCAAAACAUCAAGAAUGUCCAAUUAAAGGCAGAGGAAGUGAAGAAGAAGAGAGAGGAGGAAAAACAAAAGGAAGAGAAAAUGAAAUAGAGCAAAGCAGAACAUGCUUAGGAGGAUCUCGAUGAAGGUAAUCAUAACACCUAAAUCUAAGUGUUUUAAGAAACAGUGAACAGAUUGUACAAUUAUGAGAAAUAGAGAUUGAAAUAGUUGAAUAAAAUGGUGGAAGAAGAGAAAAACAAAGAUAAAUUAAUUAUGAGUGCAAGACCCAUGAUAAAUGAACGCAGUUGUAAAUUGUUGGAAAGAAAACUAAAACAACUAGUGGAUGAAGAGGAGGAUUACAAAAUGAUAUAUUAGUUUAAAGAUGCAGAUGUUUAGGUCGAUCUCUUACCCAAUUUACCUAAAUUGAAAGAUUAUCUAUAAAUAAAUGCUAAAAAGACAAUCAAUGUGGGAUAGGAAAUACAAAUCAUUAAAGAGGAGAACAUCAUGGAACCAGUUGAUCCAGCAGAGGAUGUCUAAUAUAAAGAGGGCUCAUGUCAUGCAAUUGUAUAAACUAAUGAAAUCAAAUUUAAAAUUGGAGAUACCAUCAAAAAGUAACAGUUAUAGUAACCACCCCAAUAACAAUAAUAAUAAUAAACGACAUAAUUUGCAACUCAGGAUACUCCCAAUAAAAAGGUAUAAAAUCAAAGACAAAAACGUUUGGACUUCAUGGAAGCACAAGGACAACGAGUUAAGACUGAAUGUUAGUAUUAUGUGCCAUUACACAUUCGUUAAUCAAAAGUCAUUUAAAAAAAAGAAGAGUGGGUCAGGUCGUAGAUUGAACUCAAAAAGUAAAAGGAAGAGGAAUCCAUUAGGGUAGAGUAGGAAUAGUGGGAGAAGGAGAAGUAGAAGUGGUCUAAAAAGAAGGAUCCAAAUAAGUCGAUGCAAUAGGAAAUUAAUGUUGAAGAAUUCGCCAACUCUUAAAUUCAUUGGUUAGAAAAGAGAAAUGAACACAUUUUAACUGAGUAGAUGAAAAAGGACAAGGACAUGUUAUCAUCAUUGACCUUUAGACCUUAAAUACAAAAGAAAAAUAUUGAGAACUAUAAUUCUCUCAAAGUAGAAGAUAGAUUACUUGAGUAUCAAUAAAAAAAACAAGAAAAUCUACAGAAAUUAGAGAAUAAAUACUUACCUACUUUUCAACCAAAUAUAAACUAAAAAUCUAUGUUUACUAUGGAUUGGGCAUCAAAAAGCUUCAAUAGUACUUCGAACAACAAAUUAUGGCAAUGA